AUGUACCCAUCUAGCAGGCGGGAAAGUCGACCUGUGGUGACCCACGCAUCCUUGCUCCCCCUUAUAAAAGGAGUAAAACGCGCAGAGAAAGCCAACGCUGUUGACCCAUUUGACAGCGGGGAAGUUUUGGAGGGGGAGAUGAACGGUGGGAGUUCUUAUUCAAGGGUGGGGCCUAGGUGCCGGCGUUGGAAGAUGAAGAAAAGAGGGAGGGGCGAGUAA